AAUAUCGUGAAAGGUGUAGCCAAGGAGGCCCUAAAUCACUGUUUAAGGUUAAUAUUGGUGUGUGUUUAGGGGGUGUGUGUUGUAGUUGUGGUUUGAAUGAAGGUAGGUCUGACAGGAACCUACACAUAAAGGUUGAAUGACGUCAGCAGCGGCUCCAGUCAGUAGGCAUCUCCUCCUCCUCCUCCCAGCUCUGCUGCUGCCGCUGCUGUUGGCCCCUGUGCAUCAGAGGUAAGAUUCAUACGCUGCUUCAUGUCUUAGAUAUGUCCAACGUAUCAACUGCUUUAUACAAAGUAGCAGGAUUUUUUAAAAGUUACUGAAGCCUCACUACUUGUGUCUCUGCAGGAGGACCUGCCAUCCCUUCUAUUGUCCUCCAGUCGGGAAUAACACCAUGGGGAGAUUAGAUGCGCUUCGGCAGUUUAAUUUGAUCAAAUGGCUCAGAGAGGAGAGACAGUCGAGGAAACUGAGUCUCUUUAUUGUUUUUGUCGCUCUGCUCUUGGAUAACAUGCUGCUGACUGUAGUCGUUCCCAUCAUUCCCAGCUAUCUGUACAACCUGGAUGAGUUGGCAGACGUGACACAGAACAACACCAUGUCACAGCAGAGUACUCCAGGAGCCUUCCACAGCAUUGUGUCCUUAUAUGACAACACCGUGAAGUCUUCAGGCUCCAAUACCACAGCCAGGUCCACUGACCUGGUCCCUACAGCCCCUACUGCUGCAGAGCUACCACCACACAAUUCCACCGACUGCCCCCAGGCCACCAGCAGGCUGCUCAAUGAGAAUGUCAAAGUGGGAAUGCUGUUUGCCUCCAAAGCCACCGUACAGCUGAUAACCAACCCCUUCAUAGGGCCACUUACAAACAGAAUAGGAUACCAACUUCCCAUAUUCGUUGGCUUCUGUAUCAUGUUUAUCUCUACUAUCAUGUUCGCCUUCUCAUCGAGCUACACUCUACUGUUUCUGGCCAGAUCGCUGCAAGGUGUGGGCUCCUCCUGCUCAUCUGUGGCUGGGAUGGGAAUGCUUGCAAGUGUGUACACAGAUGAUGAGGAGAGAGGUCACGCCAUCGGUAUUGCCCUGGGAGGUCUGGCAUUAGGAGUGUUAGUUGGUCCCCCGUUCGGCAGCGUGAUGUAUGAGUUUGUGGGAAAGACUGCUCCUUUCCUUAUUCUGGCUUUCCUUGCUUUGUUUGAUGGAGCUCUGCAACUGUUUGUUCUUCAGCCCACCAAGGUGGAACCAGAGAGUCAGAAGGGGACCCCUCUCUUGACACUGAUGAAGGAUCCAUACAUUCUAAUCGCAGCUGGUGCCAUUUGUUUUGGAAAUAUGGCCAUCGCCAUGAUGGAGCCAACGCUGCCAAUCUGGAUGAUGGAGACCAUGUGUGCCAGGAAAUGGCAGCUCGGCGUCGCUUUCUUACCAGCGUCCAUCUCCUACCUUAUUGGAACCAACAUCUUCGGUACAUUGGCGCAUAAGAUGGGGAGAUGGCUUUGUGCUCUCAUUGGAAUAAUGGUGGUUGGAAUCAGUGUAAUAUGUGUUCCAUUUGCCAAAAACAUCUAUGGUCUGAUUAUUCCAAACUUUGGUGUUGGUUUUGCUAUUGGCAUGGUGGACUCCUCUAUGAUGCCUAUAAUGGGCUACCUGGUGGACCUGCGGCACGUGUCUGUUUAUGGAAGUGUGUAUGCUAUUGCUGAUGUGGCUUUCUGUAUGGGAUUUGCUUUAGGUCCAUCUAUCGGAGGAUCCAUAGCUGAGAGUAUUGGCUUCCCCUGGCUGAUGACCAUAAUUGGAAUAGUGGAUAUCAUCUUUGCUCCUCUUUGCCUCUUCCUAAGAAAUCCACCGGGACAAGAAGAGAAAAUUGCUAUUUUGAUGGACACCAAUUGUUCAAUGAAGACGAGGUCCUACUCUACGCAGGGGAUGUACUACCAGGGAGAAAACAUGGAUCCAGAAUAUGACGAUUAUGAUUAACAGGACACCAGCCAUGCAGGUUAACCCUCCAGAUGAUUUAUUUUGUUGUACAAAAAAAGGAAUACAGAAGAAAAAAAAAACAGCCAAGAUAUUUCCAUGUGAAUGUUUCGCAUUCAGUCUUCAUUGUUCUGUGUCCUCUUAGCAGUUGUACUGGAGCAAACCAAAGUUGUUCUUGAUCUGUGGUUGCAAAUGCAUUGUGUGAGAGAUAUUUUUUUAGCCAACAGCCUUAUUCAGUAGAGAGAUGUUGUCAAAAAGACCUUUUAGGUAGUAGGAGGGUGCUGACCAACAAGUACGCUUUGCUGAUUUAUUUUGGAUACAAAAUUCUCUUAGUUUAUUUGUCAGUCGGUCAGUCAUUUCUAUCUACUCUACGUUCAUGAUACUGUCUAGAGUGUUAUUAUCGGACCUUGUGCAAGCUGUUAUUAUAUUGGGUAAUUGUGUGGUAUGUCAAAAAACUGUUAUUUGUUUAAAGUCCAAGAGGAUUUGUUGGCCUAGUCUGUGGUCCUUGUUUGCAUUGAAGCAUUAACAAAAAGUAAAAGUCAAGCCAUUUUUAGCUGCUUAAGAAAAGGAUGAGGAAUGUAUUCUAAAACUCAAUAUAGAUAAAUGAUAUCCUCCUAAGAACAGAACCUACAGAAGCUUGCAUUAUGGAAACUUCAAAGACAGAGAUGAUAUAAAGCUGCUGUUUAUAUUGUUUUUAUGAAGUAAAUUAUUGAUACUGUAAAUUAUCAAAUCUUGGCCUUUAUUUACCUCAGCUGCAGGAAUAACCAGGCACAAAACUAAUGUUACAGACAGACUUUAUUUGUGAUCCCGCUGUUACCCAGUUACUGCAAAUGCUAAACUUCAUUUGUACAUUUCCACAGCACUGAUUCCAUCCAUACAACAACAGAGUUAUGUCAUACUCAACACUGUGCUGCGAGUUUGUCUGUUAAAACAGAAAUACUGUUUACAUGUAUAUUCACUUCUAGUAAUUUUUCUGAAUUGAAUUUGACUUCUGAGAUUAAAAUUCAACACUUCCUGCAGAGUUUUCCCCUUCAAAAGUCUGUCUUAAUUUGUUCAGACUGUCUACAUUCAUAGUGAUUUUCAGAUCUGUGGUGAGGAGUAUCAUCUAAUGAGACAUUUUUAUUUCAAGCCCAACAUUUUGGUAUGGUCUUUUAGAGUCCUUUGCUCUAUGUAGACACCUCACCUUGCCAAGCUGGUUUGAAUCCCUCCCUCCAGGCCGUGUACAUCACAUACCAGUUUGUAAUCAGGAUUUUCUGUAAGGUUCACAAGAACACUUCCUGAAGAAGUACAGCUGUCUGGGCUGCCUACACCAGGGUGGAGCUGUGUAAUGACCGUGACAGGUUCUCUGGGUCAAUAUCACUAUAAAGUGCCUUUGGUGUCCUCAGCAGAAUUGCCCAGUCGUCAUGAAAAUGGAGCAAAAAUAAUGAAACUCUGAGGUCUUAUUAUAAAUGGCCACACAUUUAUACACAUAUCAGUACAAUGACAAGUCUCCAAAAAUGUGUUUCCUUCAUUUUAUACUCUUUUUUUUCAUUGGAUAUACGUGAUUUUGGUAUUUCCCACACACCGCUCCGCCUACUACAGUGUGUGUAAUUAGUGGUUAAAUGAUACUAAUUCAGAAAAACAAUUACAUGGUAAUAUUAUCCACAACAAGUUAUUUGAUGAAAUGAGUAAUUUUGAUCAUAUAUAUUUUAUUUUCAUAGUCAUUUCAAACAUGUUUCAUGUGUCCCUGAAAUUGCAGUCCACCCUGUCAUUAUGGGGUAACUGCCCCUUUAAGAAACCCUCUGACGCGCUCAGUGACACUUUUCCCGCCAAUUUGUCUUUCUUUAAUGGAGAAUGAAACAGUGGCUAGUUGCAACAUAAGUAUUUACGCUUAUAUUUAGUCAUUUUCAUCACAAUAUGUGUGUAGCUGAAUGUAUUCAAGCUUAACAUGUCCACCCUGUCAUAGUGAAAUAUCAGGUAAUAUAAAAACCUUUCUGAAAUCUGAAAUAUAUUUUCUAAACAGUAAACAGUCAACUUGGUAACUGAGGCAUGUUACUAACUGAAGGGCCAUCCAUGCUAAAUUAAAUGCUAAAAUUAGCCCAAUUGGGGGGACAUAUUUUGCUGUUUGCAUGUUCAUUGUCUGCCUAUAGUUACUUUGUAAAAAAAAGUGUGAGAGCUUGACCAACAUGCAUUUCUAACAGCAUAACCUCUACCUACUACAAUAAAUAUGAAAUUAAAUGGAAAAUUUGAACUUUUUUUUUUAAUGGGGAAGUCUCAAAGGCACCUUAUGUUGAUAUUGACUCCUCUACAUAUUGUUCCAGAGUGUGUGUGCUCACCUCCUUUAAUCAACAAUCAGCUACUUGGUUUUGCUGACAUGGAACAUUAGAUGUUUUGUGUCUACCACUCUGCAAAAGUAUUCAGUUCCUCAUAAUUCUUUGAAAUCAGGCCAGUGACGGCAGUGUCAUCCACUUUGCCCGUUUUCAGUCUUAUUCUAACGCAGUUGGAAAAUGUUACAAAAGUGGGGACCUGCAGAAAAUGUGUGGGCUCCAGAGGUUUCUCCAUGGUUCCCUCACUUGACAACAGUGAAGCAGCAGGAAACUGCAUAUUGAUUGACAGCUCGAUGGAUCUACCCACCGGCGGCCGAGUGGUGGGGGAGGUGUCAGCGUUUCUUGGCGACCUUGACACUUCCUGUGUUACUGCCCUGAGCCAUCAUUAAUGUUAUUACUGAACUGUCAGCUGUAGAAAAUGUCUGUUGUCACAUGUGACAAGUGUGUCGUAGUUGUGUAGUGUGUUUUUUGAAAGUUUUCCUUAGCCAGUAUACACUGUAUUUCAUUUACGUUGGUUUUCACCAAUAUGCAUUAAAGGAAUAGUUUGACAUUUUGGAAAAUACGCUUAUUUUCUGUCUUGCAAAGAGUUACAAGAAAAGAUUGUCAAACUAGUCCUUGAAGUAAAGAUAUCAUAUUUCAUGUUUAUAGUUAAUAAUCAUACAUUUACCAAUCCUAUCAAAAACAUCAAAUAUAAAAAAGUUGUUUCCACCACUAUUGUGUUCUUAUUGUAGUAGGAAAACCUCUCGAACUAUACAGCGAAUAGAAUGCUGGAGCUCAGUAUCUCAUCAAAUACUCAAAUACGUAAUUGUUGGUCAUUUCAGAAUGAUGUCACACUUAAAUCAUUCAUGUAAGUUUGUUUUAUUUUCCUUGACAAUCAUGACAUUGUACAAAAAUUAUAUAAUCAUAUUGCAUUCUAUCAUAUCGGUCUGUCAUAUAUGAGGCUGACCUGAGAUCUUUACUGAAAUACCAAUAUCCACCUUACAGAUUGGUUUAACACAGCUGAUGCCACUGGUUGCCUUUUGUUCUCAGAGAUUAAACUCCAAAGUCCAAAGGUGUUCAUCAUGUCCUUCAGUCAACUAGUCAAUGUCUGUUUUCUCUGUUUAGACCACUGAUAAGUAGACAUAGGGAAGGAUAUUAAAAUACAGUAUGUAAAUCAGCAUGUUUUUCUGAAGUGUUUGCAUAAUACGUGUUUAUCAUGCCUUAAAUUGUUGUUGCAGUAAUUGUAAAUAAUUAAUAAAAUGCUCAGUGCAAUUGG